GAAGAUAAGGUCCCUCUAAAGGCGGAAGUAGCUUCCCGUCUUUUCCUACGAAGGGCACUAAACGAAGAACGUAAACGAGGGAAACAUGGAAAACGAAGAUCACGAUUACACGAGCACCACUUAUAAUAAAGUGUGCCCCGUGGAGUACACAUAUAAAAUGAGUGUCAAGGAAAUUGAAGACUUUGUGAAGCUGAGGGUCAAGAAUAAUAACCUCUUCUCUGGAAAGAGAAAUACGUCCAUGUGGGCAUGGAGGGCAAUCCUACAACAUAUGCGCUUGCAUUACCAGAUGACCCAUAUUCAAGCAUCCAAAAAAUGGGAAAACCUGAAGAAGAGAUACAAGGGGCUAAAGAACCCUCCAGCUGGAGUGAAAGUGUACCCUGAAGGCUGGCCUUUCUUCAACGUGAUGGACGACGCUAUGGAGGGUCGGCUGGAUGGCGACACCCCCCUCCUCGAGGCCUUAGCCCGCAGUGCUAAUUUCCCCUCAAUCUCCAAACGCAAGAGGAGGAAGAUACCCAUGGUACCUAGCUCCUCUAUGGCCUCCAUCGCAGGAGGGCCUGAGAUUGAGGUCACCCUGAACGGAGACGAGGAUGAGGAUGCCACGGAGGACGGAAGCAUCAUGCAAGAGAUGGAGCAUGAGAGAGACUUGAUGAAAAGCGAGAAACGGGUGAUGGAGAGGGAGCAGCAGGUGCUACAGAGGGAGAGGGCGGUGCUGGACAGGGAGAUCGCCGCUCUGGACCGAGAGCGAGCGUCUUUGGAAAGAGAGAGGGCGAUCAUAGAGAGAGAAAAGGCCCUUUUGGAGAGGGAGAAGGUGAUGUUGGACAAGGACAAGGAGGCUGUGAGACAGGACCGGCUGGCUCUGGAGAGAGAGAAAGCCAGGCUGGAGAGACGUUCUGCACCCAGAGAAAGGACUGAGGACGGUACAGAAGACAGCAGCCAGCGGAAAGACUCAGAUGUCACAGACAGGAAGGAGCAGUUCCUCAACUUGUUUGAAAAACUUAUUGAAAACUUUUGAUUCAUGAGGCUUCUCUGCACAACACAUCCAUGGAGAAAGGUAUUUUUGAGCAGUAGUAAAUUAGUUAAGUCCAUACAAAUCAAAAUGUACAUUCACCGUUAAUGAAAACGUUGAGCCACUCCUAGUUUGGAGAGG